CGUUACAGAGCGGAUCUGAAUGCUAGAUUCAAGCAACUUGAAGAUGCCACUAAACAAGAGACAGCGACCGCCGGACCUGAUGUCAAGUCGACGAGGGGGUUGAGACAGGGUAGAAAAGCAUUGAUUCUGCAGAAUGCCUAUGAUCGCAUUAUUAGCCUUCAGACUGAGCUCCAAACACUGCACCAGAUGAUCUCAACUUUGUGAAGUUGUACUGAUGUGACCCCCUCCAUUAUACCCUGAUAAGUGAAUCAUUUUCCCUAGUAAGCUGGCAGUUUGCUGUUACAUUCACUUUUUAGUACAUCUCUGAGCUACAUAUUAAUGUAUAAUGUACAUUAUGUGUUGUGUUUGUGCAGAUUGUCGCUGUCUGAAGGUAGAAGCCUCAGGUAAAACAUGACAUUUCAUUUAGUGUCAAAGUUGUCUAGCACCGACAACUUGGCUGUUCUAUAGUAAAACUACAGCUGUUCAUAUGCAGCAAAAAGGUGGGGCAGUGUCUCCAUUCAGUGCUCAACUCAACGUGUUUUGAUGCAACAACGGUUCAUAUGCAGAUUCGCCCUCCAGCCACUGUAGCCUAGUUCAUAGCCCCAAGUUUUUCUCACCGUGAAGAAUAGGGGAACGAUGACUUCCCCGGCGCUCCAGAUGUAGGGUAACGCGAAUUAUGUAAAAGAGAUCAGAUCAAUAUCAUGGGUCUAAUUCAUAUUUUGUGUUCAUCACUGCAUAUGUAUCUUUUCCUGCGAACAGCGUAUCCUUGUUGGUCUUACCCUACCCUGCCAUCGACAGCUCCUAGAAGAGACCAUGGACUACUUGCGAUGCCCCUAACUUCAGUACUGUUAAUAUGUCAGCGUACAAAUAAUGAUCACCCCUACCUUAGGAUCCAGACAGAGAAAGAUAUAGUUAAUAUAACCAGCUCGACCUUCACCCACGACUAUAGAAAAUAGAGUAUCCCUGUAUAGCGGCUAGAAGGACAUUCCCACCGCCUGUCAAAUGAACCAGCUUCGUUACUGAAUGAAGUUCAUGGAUUGCUCUAGUAGUGGGCCCCAAGCAUGAAAAAAUGUUCAAGCAGUUUCUAUCCGUCCAAGGCCUAAGUUGUCUUUCGGCUGCGAUAAAUACAGCCUCAUCGCUCAAGAGAGAAGUGGUGACGUUUAUAACCACUGGGCUGUCACCAUGUUCUACGAAGGCAAGCGAAAGCAGCGUCUUAUUACUAUUUCUUGGAAUAGCUGCAGCAAUGGCGGCAGCUCUAGCAGAAUUUAUCUGAGUAACUGUUAUAUAUAUUGACUGAGCAAGACCGGAGGAGGGGCGAGAGGGAGAGGAUAUGGGAGGGAGGGAAGCAGAGACAGG